AUGAGCCAUGUUGCAGCCGGCAGCAGUUCUCGCAGUCUUCCCUCUUCCAGUGUCUCCAGCCACUUGGCUUCGACCGGAUCGAGGAAGAUCGAAGUCUUCGACUGGAGGCAUGAAGACAGCGGCAUCGCGGCGGGUGAGCCCGUACGAGACAUCUCCAGCAUCACGACUGGAUGGGACCGUGGCAUCUCUGGACAAAGCGAUGUCUCUCGAAGGCGUGCCAGUCAGGCAGCCCAGGUGGCGAUGGGCAAUGAUUUCAUCCGCGCGCAAUCGUAUGAGAAGUAUGCGGCCGGCCUUUGCGGCUCCGACAGCUUGCGACGCCUCGUCAAGAGUCAGCAGGUGAGUCAUCUAAUGGCAGUGGUGAUCAUGGUGGAUGGCUUCUGCAUUUGCUAUGAUAUCGACUAUCGUGCUGUUGACCUCACCACACCCUCGCUGGUCUUGACCAUCUCCUACCUUUGCUUAGCCAUCUAUAGCAUCGAAUUCAUCUUGAACCUCUGCAUCCUCGGGGUUUCAGUACUCCGAGAGCACAUGGUGAAGUUGGACCUAUUUUUGAUCCUUUGCGGCUAUGGCGAACUGGCCUCCGAAUGGGUGAUGUCGGAGGGGAACAUCACUGGCCUCGGCUUGCUGAGGAUCCUUCGCUUGGUGCGGGUCUUUCGCUUGCUGAAGCUCUUGCGAAAUGUGAACGCCUUACGCGAGCUUUCGAAACUGGUGAAGAUGAUGUCCACCUGCCUGAAGGCGCUGUUUUGGUCAUUCUGCUUCUGCUUCAUGGUGAUGACCGUGUGGUCCAUGUUGCUGGUGGAGGUGGUGCACCCGCUGGUGAAAGAGCUGGACAUUGCUGAGUGCAGCGACUGCGCGUGGGGGACCACCUCGGUGAUGGGUGCCAAUUUGUUGCUCUUCAAGACCGUCAUUGCCGGGGAUUCCUGGGGGGACAUGGCUGUCCCUGUGAUUGAAGCGCAUUGGUAUACUUCCUUUGUCUUUGUGGGCUCGUACCUGACCAUCGUCUUUGGAGUUUUAAACCUGGUUGUUGCAGUAGUGGUAGACACCUUUGCCGACGCUCGCGAGCAUGAUAUGGUGAACUUGGCUGAGGAGAUGGAGCGCGACCUGGAGAGUGACCAGAAGUACCUGCAAAAGAUCUUUGAGGAGAUUGACAAAGAUGGCACCGGGGAGUUGAGCUACGCUCAACUUCUACAAGGAGCUCGGAAGAACCCGGAGUUCCAAAGCCGCCUGCGGGUCAUGGAUAUUGACGAAGGUGACUUGCGUGAGCUCUUUAUGAUGAUCGACGUGGAUGGCAACGGCACGAUCGAGGUGGAGGAGUUCAUCCGUCCGUUGAGCCGCUGGGUCCGGGACAGCAAGACGGCGCCGAGAUUCAUCAAGUACAACAUGAUUCGCUGCAUUCAUCAGCAAGAAGAACUGCAGAUGGCCAUGGACGCCAGCUACAUGGAGCUGGCCACGCGCAUGGAGCAGAUCUCUGCAGAGGUCCAAAAAGUCUUAGAGCUGGCCGCCUCUCGAGCACCCGGCGACGACCUCGACACGCUGGAGACGGUGGAGCAGCCACAUGCUUCACGAGGCUUCGUGUCUUUCAAAGAGGCCACGUCACACUCCGGGCGUCACCACGUCACACUCCGUGGCGAGGCGCCUCUGGUGAACUUAGACCUGGCAACCAAGCAGCUGCGUGAGGCACUGAACGAGGCCACAGAGGUGGCCUUGCAGAAGUCCCUGGUCACCAUGGAACGCCUCUGGAAAGAGGCAAUGCCCCGACCUGUGCCGCAAGAUGUGAAGGUCUGCACGAAGGAUGUGGAAGCGCCGGGAGCCAUGCGGACUCCGAGCGGACGGAGCCAUACGGAGCCCAGGCUGCCGAGCAGCGACGAGCGCAGCGAGCGCAGCGAGCUGGUGUCGUGUGAAGUUGAGCAGUCAAAAUCCGGGAGGCCGAUCCGGACGCUCUCAAGCCCCACGAAGUGUGCACAGAUCCCCAUGAGGUCUGAGCUGGAUGGGAGGCAACAGAAUCGACGUGAGCCAACAUGA